AUGCCACUAGGAAUGGAUACAUCUAAGUUUUAUGCAAAUAAAUCUAAGGAAUUGGAGGUGCAACUACAGAGAAAGAAUGAGCGCAUCGUGUCACUGGAAACAGAAAAUGCCAUGUUGUACCUAAAGUUGGCACAACUGAGGGGUGAUGUCCGAUCUGCUCGACAGGAAGCCAUGCUGUCAUCUGCUGAACUGGAAGAUAGUGAGCAGUUUAAAGAGGAAGUAGUACAGAAAACUGUGGUUAUACAUCAGGAUACAAAGGCACUAAGGCUAGAGCUGGACAGAUUAAAGGCAUUUGUUAUAGAAAUGUCAGUGAGUUUUCAGCUGUAUCUGCAGAGAGCCAAAGCAGCUGUUCACAGCAACAGGGCAUCUUAUCAUUCCCAUUCCUCCAUUGUCACAGCUUUACAGGAUCAGCUGGUUCAGCUUCAGCAGGCUCUACAUGAUGUUUCAGAAAGACAUGCCAAAGAAAAGAGACGGCGCCAGGAGCUGCAUAAUAUACUCAUGGAACUGAGAGGCAACAUUAGAGUCCAUAGCCGAUUACGUCCCCUUAUGGAGUUUGAUGGAGAAAAUGAAGAUUCUUCUGGUCUAGGAAGACCAGGUACGAGGUCAGAGGUUGUCGUACAUUAUGUUGAUGAUGAGAAUAUCUGUGUCAGAACAAACAAGAAUACCAAGGUGUUUGAAUAUGAAAGGGUGUUUGGUCCAACCGAGAAACAGGAAUCUGUGUUUGACGAAGUCCGCCCAAUGCUUCAGUCACUACUUGAUGGUUACAAUAUUUGCAUCAUGGCCUAUGGCCAAACUGGCAGUGGGAAGACCCAUACAAUGCUGGGCAGUCACCACAAUGAGGAAUAUCACCUGAGUCAUGAUGCCCACCCUGAUGAAGGUGUCAUACCACGAGCUACCAGAGAGCUGUUUCGGCUGAUUGAAGAGAAACCACUGGGCACCCAUAGUGUGGAAGUCUCUGUGGUAGAAGUUUACAAUAACGACAUUCGAGAUCUGCUAAGCAGAGAUACGAAUGCCAAGCAUGACAUUAUCACUGGGAGUGACGGGCAGCUCAGUAUUCCGACUGUAACAUCCAAACAGGUUGAUUGCAUAGAUGGCGUCAUGAAUCUGGUUCAGUUUGGCCUGAAGACUCGCCGAGAAUCAGCCACCCUAAUACACGAACAUUCCAGCCGCUCACAUCUGAUAGUAACUUUAACUGUUACUUCUGCAGCUCCAAGUUUUUUUGGCAAGUCAGUUUCCUUGGAAUCCAACUUAUGUGAAGUUGGCCUGUCAGGCACUGGCAUGAGUACCAAGAAAGGAAACCCCCAGCCUCAGAUUUGGACAACAGACCAGGGUCCUGGCAAGCCACUGGCAGCCACAGGUGCUCCAUGGCCAAACCAGCAGCCACUGGUCAAAACUAAGCUGCAGUUGGUUGACCUGGCAGGAAGUGAAUGUGUAGGAAUGUCUGGUGUUAGAGGUGCAGCUCUUCGGGAAGCAUCAUAUAUCAACAAAAGUCUCUCUGCACUGGCUGAUGUUCUUGGAGCACUAGCUGAACAUCGAACACACGUGCCGUAUCGUAACAGCCGACUGACUCACUUCUUGCAAGAUUCAAUAGGUGGAGACGCCAAACUGCUGAUCCUCCUGUGUGUGUCACCUGCCCAAAGAUAUAUCACUGAAUCCCUGCAGUGUCUGGGCUUUGGACAGAGGGCUCGUCAAGUUCAGCGUGGCCAAACCAAAAAAAGGCUCCCGUCUUCUGCAGAAAAGGUUGCCUCUGACACCUCAAGCGGUACAAGGCCCCGAUCUGGCUCAUCGUCUAGAUAA